AAGGUUUGUUGUACACAACAGAGCUGGAAAGUUCAUAGACUACUGUUUGUGUGCAGUUGUUCAGCGAGGUCGUCAACAAGUUGUCAUCCGAUGACCUGACAGCCUCUGGAUGGAGACCAUGAGGCUUCUGCUGGUGCUCUCCCUCUUGUGCCCUUUGGUUUCUGGAUACUCUGAGAGAGACAGAGCACAUGACUUGAUGUCCAAAUAUCCUCUUAUUGAUGGUCAUAAUGACCUAGCGCUCCAGCUGAGGAUACUUCAUGACAAUCGGCUGAGCCAAAUUGACCUUCAUAAUGUCAGCAAAGUGGCAACCGAUAUCACCCGUCUCCAAGCAGGCCAUGUACAGGCACAGAUGUUUGCGGUAUAUGUGAUGUGUGGGGCCCAGGAGAAGGAUGCUGUGAGGCUCACUCUGGAACAAAUAGAUGUGGUCAGGCGCAUGUGCACUGAGUACCAGGACUUUGAAUUGGUCACUUCUGCCCAGGAACUAAAGAAUUCUGAAAUGAGACAUAAGAUAGCCUGUCUAAUCAGUGUCGAGGGGGGCCACUCCAUCGACAGCAGUCUGCCAGCUCUGCGGAUGUUUUAUCAGCUUGGGGUUCGCUCCAUGGCCCUCACGCAUACCUGCAACACUCCCUGGGCAGAAUCCUCCUCAAAAGUUUAUAAUGUCUAUCAACAACACAACAACAGUCUGACACACUUUGGCAAGGCUGUGGUGGAUGAGAUGAACAGACUGGGAAUGAUAGUGGACCUUUCCCACACUUCAUGGGACACAGCCGGGGCUGUGUUGAAGCACUCCAAGGCUCCCAUUAUUUUUAGCCACUCAUCUUCCCACUCCAUCUGUAACCACAGCCGCAACGUACCUGACUGGCUGCUGCAGGAGCUGAAAAAGAACCGAGGGUUGAUCAUGGUGAAUCUCCACAACAACUUCAUUUCCUGCAGGGAUGAUGCCAACAUCUCUCACGUGGCUGAUCAUUUUGAUCACAUUAAGAAUGUGAUUGGAGCUGAAUCGCUAGGAAUAGGAGGGGACUUUGAGGGUGCUAUAAGCUUUCCUCAGGGGUUAGAGGAUGUGUCAAAGUAUCCUGCCCUGAUCCAGGAACUCCUGCUAAGGAACUGGACUGAGAAUGACCUUGCUGAUGUCCUUCGGAGGAACUUCCUGCGAGUGUUUGAGGAGGUGGAGGGGGUCCGUGAUAAGUUGAGGGUGAACAAGCCCAGUGAGGUCCAGAUCCCCAUAAAGGAAGUUCAGAACCCCUGUAGGCUGGUCCUCAGACCCCCUGACAGGAGAGGGCUGCCCUCUGACCAGACUCCCUCCUCCAGAGCUGACCAGAGACCAACAGAUCUGAUAAUCCUGGCCUUAGUUCUGCUGCUUCAAAGACUACUAAAAAUGGAAUGAAUGCUUGGAAACUGGAUUCAGCUACUUUUCUUUAUAAAGCUUAAUGAGACUGCUGCAGCCGUGUAUGGGUCAUCUCAGCACUCCACAGGUCAUUAUUGAUCGAUGAACACCAAUACACAUACUCAGUUUGAAGCCGCUACUUAAAGUUAAUUUAUUCAACCUCUGAGUAUGCUAUAUGAAACUAUAAAUUAAACACAGAGAUAUAAUAGAAUAUGUAAAAAGCUGUUUUCUUCUUCAUUAUUAUUGAUUGAUGAUCAAUCUUGUUGCUGUGCUGUUGGGAGAUUGUUUGCAGAAUUAUGAUUUAAAGCAGAUUAACCCUGUUAAAUAAAACUGCAGAGAUCACA